AGCUGCCCAACAGUAAACUGUGGCUUAGCACAAAACCAUGGCCCCACACACCCCCAAAACCACCCCCCAUUAUAUAUAUAUAUCUCCGAUCAUUAUUUUCAGACACAAAGUAACAGAAUAAACAUCUGAAAAUUCUCUCGACAUAUAUAUGAAGAAGUUUUUCUCCGAAUUCGCAUCUUGCUGGGGCGGAGCAACUGUGGUUCCAACGGCGGAGGCCGCCGGAGCUCGGCGGCAGACGGAGGAGCAGCGCGCCCCGCGCAGGAGCAAAAGUACGGCGAAAGUGAGCGGCGCCGCCGCUAAUUGGAGGCCCAAGCUCAAUGCCAUCUCCGAGAACAGCCCCAUGUCGGACACCGAUGACAGGAAACGGCCUGUGAGAGCCAAACCCAAGUCGCCGGCGAGGGCCGCGCCGCCGCCUAGCCCCGCCGCUGACUACUGGAAAUACUCUCACACAAUGGCACUGCCGGUGUUCGCUCCGACGUCGUAUUUGUUCUGAGAUGGAGGGACUGCUUGCGUCAUAAUUGGACUGCUCAAAAAAUUGUAUAUUUAUUUGAAAAUUGAGAGUAAUUGUAUUUUGUAAAUUGGGGUUUUGUUGUAUGGAUGUAUGUUAAAUAGCUCGAAUUUCUUUGGCCAA